CUGUGAUUAAGGCUACAACUCUAUACAAGCUCCCUAUUCAGAUAAUCGUCUUGAUAUUAUUUUUUAACCUUUUUAAUUUAUUUUAAUACCUUUUUGGUGAACGAAGGACUUCUGUCAAACAAGUUUCCAACAUCUCUCUUAAAAAUGAGUAAUCGUGGCAGAAGCAGGAAGAGGAAAAGAUCCUCACAACAGUCUCGACCAGUUGUUCAACCAAACAGUAGGUACUACUUGCUACGAAGCCAGGAAGGAGACUCCUUACAGCCAGGACCCUCUGUCAGUCAUCACACUGAUCUAGAGCAGCAGUUGAGAGCUGACCCCCUCUUUCUUCUGAGGGGUAAUGUUGUCGUAAGUGAUGAUGAGGACUCAAGACGGUCCAAGAGGUCCAGGCCAAUUGAGUCUUCCAUGCCAACCAAUGGCAGAAGGUUCCCACCACCAGGGACCUCCAUGCUAACCAAUGGCAGAAGGUCCCCACAACCAGGGACCUCACGAGACCUCCAUGCCCACUCAGAAUUGCAACAGAGAGCAAGGUCACCAUCUCCACCAAGGGCAGCCAUACCCAUUGCCACUAUUAGUGAUGGUGAAGAUACUGCACUACCAUCCGUGACAAGGGCAAACACACCUCCAAUCAUGAGUGAUGACGUUGAUGAUCAAGUCGAACAUGAGGACGUCAUUUUUGUUGGUGUGCUUCACCCUCCUCAGAUUGAGCUUCGAUUCCACCUGGUGCACCAAUUGGAGAUCAUUUGGGAGACCGACUAUGACCUCCCCAUAAAUGCCACUUAUGACCUUCCCACCAUGAUCUUCAACCCUGAGAACGCAAAUGGACAGAGUGACUGUAGGAUCUGUCUGAGUGAAUAUGUGGAAGGAGAAGAUCUCACGAUUCUGCCCUGCAACCACAAUUUCCACAGUAGCUGUGUGAAUGAGUGGCUUCAGCAGAGCCCCACCUGCCCCAUGUGCAGAACACAAAUUCAUUAAAGCACCGCACACUAAGGCACUGAGUUUCAGCCAUGCAUGACUACUCUUCAGAAA